AUGACUUAUUUUAUGUUUUUAUUAUUGGUAGCUUUAGUUGUGGGUUUGGUUGCUGUUGCUUCUAAUCCUACGCCUUAUUUUGCUGCUUUAGGUCUGGUAGUAGCAGCGGGGGUUGGGUGCGGGAUUUUAGUUGGUUAUGGAGGUUCUUUCUUGUCCUUGGUUCUUUUUUUAAUUUAUUUAGGGGGAAUGCUUGUGGUGUUUGCUUAUUCAGCGGCUUUAGCUGCUGAGCCUUUUCCAGAGGCUUGGGGAAGUCGUUCUGUGGCUGGGUAUGUGUUAGUUUAUCUUCUAGGUGUUGUGUUGGCGGCCGGGUUAUUUUGAGGGGGGUGGUAUGAGGGUUCUUGGGUGGUUGUUGAUGGGUUGAAGGAGUUUUCUAUGUUGCGUGGUGAUGUUAGUGGUGUGGCUGUUAUAUAUUCUUUUGGUGGGGCGAUGUUGGUUAUUUGUGCGUGGGUGUUGCUUUUAACCCUACUUGUGGUGUUGGAGCUUACUCGGGGGUUGAGUCGUGGUACUCUUCGAGCUGUUUAA